AGGGCCUGCCCGGGCUGCGGGCCUUCUUCAGUUGCUGCUGGCUCUCUAGAGAAAGAGAACUCCCCGGUCGGGGAGCUGCAGCUGCAGCUGCAGCUGGGACGUCGCUGUCUCCCGGCAGGCCAUGGAUUCUUUUUCCUUCCGGGGGCCGUUCCGCCUCUUGGGCCUCCUGCUCUGGGGAGCUGCAGCUGCCAUGGCUUGGGCUGGGAUCUCAGCUCUUAGAACCCACUGGAACUAUCAGUAUUUCUGUGACAAUCCUUUCUUGGAGGUUCUGGGCUGUUUGGUAGUGAUCACAGCCCCACUGCUGCUGCUUACAGGGGGCCUGGCUGUAGGUGUAUCCCACUGGAACACUGGUCCCUGGCAAGGCAUGUUUCUGUAUGGGGUCAUGGUUCUGCUUUGCAUGGAAGCCUCUUCUGCUGUUUUGGCAAACACCGCAUCCUGCCAGAGAGACUGGGAAACACAUGUGCUGGAUGAUCUUUUCCGUCAGUAUGGAAACCAGUCUGACCCCAAGACCAGAGAUGUUGAUAGGCUCCAAGAAGAGCUGCAGUGCUGUGGGAUUCACAAUUACACAGACUGGAGGGUGAUGGGCAACUUUUCUGCUCCUACAAGCUGCUGCCAGAAGAUUUUCUUGAAUUGCACUGGUGCCUUAGUCUGCUCAGUUACUGUAUCAGGAGGGGUGUCUGCCAAAGCUGGAGCAGCUUCGGAAGAUUGUUCUUGGCCAGGUGUUUUGGUGCUGCAUCGGGGCUCUGGUUCUAGAGCUGCUUGCUGCAUUAACCAGUGGAUUUCUCGUGAAGCAGUCAACUAUUCCGGAUUAUCACAUCUUGGAGUCAGGCACAUUUUCCUAAAAGGGAGUUUUUCCAUGAAAACAGAGGAGACCACUGUUAUUUCAUGAGUAUAACUUGGGAUGAGCAAUGGAGCCCAGGUUUUCUGUGUUGUUUUAGACCCAUUCAGGACCUUGGGUCUUGAGGAAAGUUGGUGACGGUUUCCUAGCCAAGCUGGUUUACCUCCUCGUUAAAGUAUCCCUCAGUGGGCAGAAAUCUAACUCGGAAGCAUUAGAACCAGGCCAGACUGGUUGAAAUGGGGAGAGCUGGCUUUGUCUGGACAAUUAGAGUAUUGGGUAGGGGAUGGUUGAAAGAUAAGCUAGUGGGAUGUGCAAUUGAGUUCUCCUUGUCUAGAAAAGAGGUUCAUUCAGUGCCUAAUGCAACAUAUGGAAUCCCCUAUCUACCCCUCAACUUUUUUGAUAUUCCCACCCCUUGUUGCCCUUAUUCUUUCCCUUUCCUGUGUUCCUGAUUACUCCUUCCACUUGUUCCUUUUAUGCUGAAAUCCAAUAAAACAAGUUUAUACCAAGUUUUAAAAGU